UUUAAUAAAUCGGAAACUGUUGCCCAAAAAACUGCAUCGGAGCGCACAAAUUGGGAAGAAUUGUGUCUCAAUGCGCCGCCGUGGACACGUCCGACCGAAUUUUAAACAACUUUAGCGGUCUAGCGGGAGUGUACCGGGAGCCGGUGGACCGCCAAAGUCUGGAAGCUAAUCGUUGCUAACAGGUGUGCAGAAUCAAACGUGGCGGCGCCAUGGAGAAGCUCAGAGAAGAGUUUGAGCAGAUUGUCGGCGAGCUGGAGUGGCAGGAUGUCGCCGACACCCUCCAGGAGUUGUGCUCCAACAUCCUGUGCGACACCGCCAACCCGCCUCAUCCUCUCCCUCCUCAUCCUCUUCCCAACCACCACAUACCGCCGCCACCUCCGUCGGCCGCUUAUUCCGGGAUGGCGUUCGACGCCCACGGCGACAUCAGAGGCUUCGCCGGGCGCUUCCCGCUGCGUCCGCCUUACCUCCCCCACAGCCAAAUAGUGUCCAUUUCCAGCAUGGGCUACGGGCCGCAGUUCAAUCCGUACCUCAUGCACCCUUUCCACCUCGGCCGCCAGGCGGGGGCUCCUUUCCGUCAGCAGUACGUGCCGUGUCAGAUGCCCCCGCAGGUCAUCCACAGUCAGCCCGCUUACUCUUUCCCGCCCGCUCCUCCACAGGCGAAAAAAAAUCUGCCCGUGGUUCCACUGCCUGAAGGCGCCACCUUGCGUGCUGUUGGCAUGCUGAAUGGAGAGGUGUUGUACGCAGCGGUGGAGGCUUCUCAGGGUGCCGCUGCUGCUGCUGCUCCUCCGCCGCCAUCCACGUCCACCCCCUCUCCCAGCGGGAAGGCGAGCCUCCCCUGUUUCAGCCGUAAGAGGAAGUGCAAGCAGCGGCACCGGCGAGCUUGCAACAAAAAGCCUCCGAGCGCCUUCAUGUGUUUCUUGAGGGAGAAGCGCCCGGCGCUGAAGGCCCAGAUUGAGCAGAAGGACGCCGUGGGCGUCAACAAGCUGCUGGGACAGCUGUGGGCGUCAUUGACCAAGGAGCAGAAGGCCAAAUACUACGAGCAGGCCUAUGCGGAAAAGAAGCUCCUGGAGCAGAUGUCCUCCGACGGCUCCAGCAGCAAUGAUGAAGGCGCCAACAAGAGGGGGCGGAACACCAACACAGCCUCCGCUAGCCGCGCAGCAGGUCGCCAAGAGGCCUGGGACACCCAGGAUGGCCACUCCUCCACCGAUUCCUGCACCUCUUCCUCCUCCUCAAUCUCCUCGUGGCUGGAGAACGUCAUCACCGCCGAGGCGCACGACUCCCCGGCCGCCAAGGGCCCCGACUCAGGUGAGGAGUCCGACAUUGAAGGAAUGGACGCCAAGCUGCUGCACUUGCUCGGCUGCUGCUAGCCCCGCCCACAGCCUGCAAAACACAUUCACAGUGUUUCUAUUUAUAAGUGUAAAUAAUGUAUAGUUAAUGAUAAAAAUUAUUUUAAUAUACACACCUUUUCGUUACAAUUCAAUGAUUUCAUUGUUGUGAUGCUGAGGGCAUAACUUGGCACUGCUACUGUAGUCCUGGAAACAUUUAAUGCAUCCAUAAACUGAGACUACCCAGUGGUACUUCAACCUCCGAGUAUCUUAACAUACGAGCUGAGUCUCGGCUUUUUUAUGACUGACUUGCAAACAAGGUUUAAGUUACGAGCCUCCACGCCGCUAGGGGGCGUA